AUGCAUUUUUGUGUGACACUUAUUUUAAUAGUUUCGCUAGGCGUACAGCCUUCUAACUUACAAUUGCUAAUUAACGUUAGGAAUCAGGGUGGAGAUGUUAUGCAGGAGAAUAUAACUGCCAGCGUAUCGGAGGAUACGGUCACUCUGGAAUUUCUACGAUUAGAUGGUGUCUAUGUGUCACAACUGGUUGACUUUACUAAUGAAGUUGAAGCAAUGAAGGUGAUAAUACCGGGAGAAGAAGAGCUCGGACAAUUAGGCUACCAAACUAUCUGUUUUAUAACCCAUGCCGCUCAAGCUGAUUUUAUUGCACCUGAUGCAAUGGCAAAAUUGAGACAAAAAAAUCCUGGAACAGUUCGCGUAGCUGAAGAAGACAAAGGAUGGCGACAAACUACAGCCACAGCAUGGGCAAGUCGGGCUACUCGUUUAUUGUCAGUUGCUGCUGCAAAACACUGUGCACCUGCAAAGGAUAGAGUAUAUUUACGAGCUGCUGAUCUGACGAGAUGGGCUCCUAGACCUGGCAUGGAACAUUCAUCCAUUGCAUCAGAGAUAAAUCCAUUUCCCCCACAUGUACUUGCAGCAGACUCUUCUGAUGGUUCACAACCUGUCAGAGCUUGUGUAGCCGAGACUGAUUCAGCUAAUGAAUGUAUAUGCCAUUUUGAGGUUUGUGUAAACUGGUAUCCCUGUGGACUGAAAUACUGUAAGGGCAAACCUCAAGGAGGCCUGAGCUAUAGAUGUGGAAUAAAGACAUGUCACCGAUGCUAUAGGUACCAUUACUAUGUGCGACGGCGUGACACCUGUCUUACAUAUAUGUGA